UGAGUAGCUCUACUUCUAGUCUGUCUCAAGUAUCACUUGUUGUACUACCAUCUAGUGGAAGAUAGUUGACAACGGUUCUUGGAAUUCUCAUGUCCUUGCAUAUUUUCUCCUAUCUUGGAACCCGAGAGAAAGAACUGAGGGUGGCCGAGUGGUGUGUGACUGAGUUGUUUUAUCAGAGCGCAUCUAAAUCAUUUUGUUUUUCAUCAUACACCUUACCUAAACAUUUUCAACUUGGAGAUACCUUGAAGAUCUUGGGUCGAGUCUCUGGUCUUCUGCCUCUGCCGUCGUGGUAGCGCACACGACUGCCUCUUUUUUAAAACAUCUUCUACGUUCACGUUCUACUUACGUAGAGGAUCCUUCUACAACUGGUCUGACUGCACCGAACAGCUGAGCCUGAGACGAACAGCUGAGCCACCUCCAAGACUCUUCCCUUGUUCCCUCGCAAGAGGGUCGUGAAGAUCAUGGUCCGUGGUCGAGAGCGUUCUUUACGACGUAGCCGACAUAGAGGAAAGGAUAAUCACAGUCCUACCGCAAGAGAUCGAGACCGAUCUGCGAAUAGGGAGAACACGAGGUCUGCGAAUAGGGAGAACACGAGGUCUUGGAAUAGGGAGGCGAACAAGGAAAACGCUCAUCCUCCUCCGGUGAAAGAUAAUCGAUACCAUGAUAAUUAAGGGAUAAAUAUUUAUACAUAGUCAUAAGGAACAAUUUUUCAUCUCCAAAGUCAUCUGAACAAAGAAAAUAUGAAGGAAAAGGGACUAUCCAGAUGGUUCUACUGGGAGAUGCAUUCCCUAGCAUUAUACCUCUAACAUGACACAUCCACAGGCUUGAGUAGCAGCGCGAAUACCUCAUCGACGAAGGACACGACAUCAAAGGACACCUCAGCAGCAGCAGACCGAUUUGCAACCUCCAAUGAAAAAGUUAAGAUUUAUUGUAUUUCUUUCUCAAGAAUACAAGGAAAGAAGUCAUUGUCAUCGAAAUUGUCAAUGCUAUUGUGAAAGAUGCAGCAAAGUAUGAUCAAUUCUUGAAUGAAGUUCGUUGUUGCCUCUAACAGCAAUUACAAAGACAAAGAGAACAAAGAGCCAAGCAGCAGUACUUCUACAAGCAAGGACCACAUCAAGAGUUCUCAUAGGCGUGGAGAAAGUGGUCGUCGUGGUCGCUCAAGGUCACGGCGUCCACGACAACCAGAAGCCGAUAAACGGGACUACGCAAGUAGUGCGUACGUAAAAAACAAUCCCUACAACAACACGACAAGCGCGGAAGUUAUGAUGUAGAUGUACUUGGCGUUGUCGACGUCGACAGAAUUUGCAAUUUUGCUGAGACCCACCUUGAUUAGCGGUUCUAGUUAUCUCUGCUUGUUAUUCCGGUAUUUCAAGAUUCCUGAACCUGAUCAAUAAUCGGUUUCUGUAGAACGACAUCCGUCUAAUAAGGGUCUCUGUCCAGCAUCGAGUCCAAGUACUCGCGCGGCCAGUAGUGGAGGUAGCGAUCAGCAGGAGCUGCGUGGAGAUGCACCUCUGCAAAAUGAGGAUGCUGCUUAAGGCACGACGAGAACAGGGUCAUCCUUAAGUCUAUCUAUAGACGAAUAGAAUACAUCUAUCUAAGUCUAUCUGUCUAUCUAUCGAGCAAAUCGAUCUGUCUAGCGAUAUCUUGCCAAUAUAAAUCUUGCUAUCUAUGUUCUAUCAGAUAAGUAAAUAAAAAAAUCGACUUCAUCAAAAAACUAAAGCUCUAAGAUCAUGCUCCUCCUCCUCCGGAAGAUGGCAGUCGAGCACGGGGUCGAGCACGAUCUUCAAGGUUAUGAAGAUUGAUCACAUUUCUUCAAACUCCUGGAACUUCCGCAUCUCGGACAACUCAGACACGAGUUGUACUUCAGUGAAAAAAUAUGUUGAGCCAUGAUAAGGCGGCGUUAAACUUUAUCCAUCAGCAUAGGCAUCCGCAUUUUCUAACGAGAGCUCGUGAUCGCGCGCCUCGUCGGUCGCGCGAGCGACGACGGGAGAACAGCAACGACAGAGACAAUCGAGAUCCGAAGCCCAACCAGCAGUCAAGCGGCAACUCUAGGCGUAGGCGACGGGGAAGAGAAUUCGCUUUUGUUAUGAAGAGAACUCUUAGGGAGAAUAAGUUUCUUGAAUUCUAAGGCCAAUGAAAUUGUUAUGAAGAAUAUAAGACGUACUAAAAUAAACCAAGAAAAAGAGAAAGUACUUACGCUACCUCUUCUAACUGCCAAGAUGCCAUUCCCGCAAGUUCUGAACCGACAUCCAGCAAAGAUAGCACUAAAGAGGUGGGAACUGAAGUGGGGACGAUGGGCAAUAAAUCUUCAUCCUUAGGAGGCACUAGUCAAGCAGCGUCCUCCUCUAGCGUAAAAGCUACAGAUUCAGAGACGAAGAAGACUCAGAGACAGCCAGUUGCCAGAUUAUGGUGUGAAGAUUUUUCUUUUUUUUCCAGGAGAUAGUAUUGUGGGCGUUUCAGCAACUUUUUGAAACCCAUAUGGUUUUGUCUAAUUCGCUAUACUGGCGCUUCUGGUGCUGAAGAUUAGAUGGAUUAGUAUCUAUAAAUGGUUCUCAUAGAACAUAGAAGUGCUUCUUGCGCAGAAACAAAAGCAUCGGUCACUCUAAUCAAACGUGUCAAGGGCUGGCGACUUGGUGGGCAGCCCAAAGUCGAAAUGCGACAUAUCCUAGGUAGUUCUUACACUUACAACAUUUUCUACACCUAGGAACACUAUGCAUAAGCAUCUUUUACUUUACCUUUUUCUUCUACAUACUCUAUAGCACCACGAUGAUGCCCAUGCUGCAAGAGAAAACUCAUUGACUACAUCAAGUUGAAGUUUCAGGCUCUGCGAGUUCCCUUCGUCGUCUUUGGUCUUCCUCGGUUUAUCAACAUCAUUGACUACAUCUAUCAAUCAAUCUAACCCGCGAAUGGGUACGUCAAUCAACGACUCUACUUCUCCCAUUUAUUCUCUUCUAGAUUUCCUCAAGCGCUGCGGCGUUACGGGCGAUGAUGAGGCGAAAGUAAGACGAGAAUUGAAGGGUUUAGGGAAUAACGAGCUCCUGAGACUCCUUGCUGAGGGGGAUAUUGAAAUUAUGGAUUGAUGUUGUGCACGCAUACUUUGAUCACUAGAUCGGUGGGUAUCAUCAGAAUGAUCAUGAUUUUCUUCUUUAGGUAAUGUUUUUAGAAUUUAGACGAACUACGACAACUCCUCGACGUGCCUGCUUCCCGUCGAUCAGCGUCCUAGGGAUGAUGUAUUCACCACAUCUCAUGGCGGUGUGUGGUUCGACGACUGCUCUCUUUUAGCACACCCGAGCCUCACAGUUACAGCAUCUUCUAAAUUAAACGCCCGCAACCCAACAGCAGUAUGCAUCGCACGACUGAGGAAAGCGAAGAAGGCAGAAGCUGCCAAAAAAGGGAUUCCGCGGGUGGAGUGGCUGCUAGUUGAACAGAAUAUAGAUCCAGAGCAGUGGGUACGAGAAUUCGUCGAUGAAGAAAAGAUUGCCGCGUUUUGUCGGGAGAAUACGUACUCGUUAUAGCUCUUUUUUGAAUUCAACUCACCAGCCCGAGUACGAGUAACUCUAAACUUUUUGAGAGAGGCCCUCACGAGAAUGCAUGACUACGACCAACAGGCGCGGAGUGUUCUUUUGCUCUUCUGGGGUGCUUCUUAGCUGGAGUGGGAAGCUUGGGGAUUUCCUAGCAGGGGCGCAAGCCAGAAAUGAGCCAUGCGCACCACUGCAGAAGACCCCGGCCCGCAGGUUUAGCACCAUCCCCCGACCUCGUCUUUCAAACGAAAAGGGCCAGGGCGCUGCUCUUAGGCUUAAGGGCCUGCAGGAUUCUAAAGACCCAACGAGCGUGCAGGCUGGGGGGCAAUCGUGGAGCCAAAGUGCCCCAGGGACUACGCGACUCCGCCAGCAUCUUCCCACAGCAGAUGGCCAGGCAGGCUUCUGCCUGUUUUGCGCACAGUGCCGGCGCUUAGCUCUACACGCUCUUCCAGGACUUGCCAGCUUCUGGCAUGGGAGCCAAGAACUUCCCGGCGGCUAUGGCGAUGGAAGGCGCCAGUACUUUUAUCCAAUGGCCAGCAACUUCGCGAAAAGGAUUCCGCUCGCGGGUGCGAACGGAUGCCACCGUGGCGCUUCCGUGUGGCCACUUGGUAGGGCCGCGCAGAUAAAUGGGCGCGCUCGCAACCUACGCCGGCGACCGGAGUUUUGGCGGGCCUUGGCGUUUGUGCCGGUGCGGUUUGGGAAUAGACUUAGAAAGCGCCGCCAGCCAGGUAAUGAGGUGAAGCGUUUAAGCUUCGCAGCAUUCUGCGCAGGUUAGUGCCGUGCGCCAGGCAUUUCUUCCAGGCAGGCGGGGGCUUGUGUGCUGUCGACUUCAUUGAGGGGAUGGCGGGGGCCGGCAAGUCGGUAGACAUGGCGAAGACAGAGGGCCGCGGGCUGGGCAUUGCGGGACGAUUGGGAACACGCCAGAAAGCCCGCAACAGCAUAAAAGUGCCACUAGGUUGCGGCUUUCGGCUUCCACUAUCGACGGCUUUGCAGAUACUUGAGCGGGGGCGCGGGUGCCUUUGUGGGCGGACCCGCCUGAGGCUCGAAACCUGCCGGACCAACUCAAGCGCAGCGCGGGGAAUACCUUGGCGGGCUGUCGUGUGGCUCUGUUUUUUUUUAUUUUUGUAGCUGACUGAGGCUGACGCAGGUGAGGGAGCAGGAGGCAAGCAACGAGCGGGCGGCCAUCGGCGUCGGGCCUCCCUCGGGGGUUCGCUGCCUGGGGUACGACGGCACACCGCUUGGAUGCCUGCGGGGGCUUGUGUUCGUGGCUUGGUGUUAGGGCUUUCGCGCGAAUCAGUGGCCCGCCCCCAGCCAAGCGACUCAGCUGGCGCGCUUGCGGUUGUGGCUUCGUUCCCGUGGCGGCUCUGUUAGUUUGUAUGUACCGUGGUAGCGUCGUGGAAGGAGGAGCGCACCAGACUGGUGCAGGGUGAGAGGGUGGUUGGCGUUAUGUGGUUGGGUGUGGCCGUGUUACAUAAUCUCGAGGGGUGCUGGGGUUCGUUGGCGCCUCCAGGUCGCUGGCUUGCUUUGUUUUCGGGCUCUUGGUUCAAGGAAGUACUCCUCGGGGGAAUUUAUAGGGGGCGUCUUGGUUGAAUGACGGUGGCGGCGCCGCUGUUGGCUAUUUUCACUCCCUUUUUCUGUUUCGUUUUUGGUUUUCAAUUCAUAUUCUUAGCAUGAUCGCUGGCUGCGUUGGUACUGCAUUCCCUUCCGCGCCGAUUCGUUGGAACUGAUCAUACUUGAAUGAUAGGCCACCUAGACCAUAGACUUUUUUUUAGUCGUGAGCAGUAUCUAUUCUCAUUAAAGAUGAUAAAUUGACAGGUCUUUUUCCUUGAGUCUGAUGCUGAUAGAUUUUCGCUUUGUAAAAGAUCGCGACUGCCCUCUCUUAUGGGAGGCGCUGGAAGACUACUCACUCCCUCGUAGGUAAUAAAUUACGGUGAAAAUGUGUAUCACAAAGCAUAUUCAACUUUCAAUCAGGGUCAAAUUUCGACUCUUGAGAUUCAUUGAAAAACAAUUAUACUUUUUAGUGCUUAAGUAACCUAAACUAUCACUAUCAGGAUAUUCCAAGACAAAGUAUUCGAGGACUCGUUACUAGGAAUGCCAGACGGCAUUCUAGAGCUGAUCAAAGCCCGCGCCUACGAGUGGGAGAAGUUUACGGCUUGUCACUGAUCUCAUUUUCUAUUUUAGAUGCUGGCAUCGCACAUGCAUUACGCUUUUUAGGCAGGUAGAACAGGAGCCAUUCAUUGUACAACAUUGUGAAGAUCAUGAAGAAAUAGCUAACGUUCACCAGUAGCGUCGCCAUCACUUUCUUAUGGACUAAUCAAGGAAUAGGAAUUUAAGUGGAAGUUAGCUCCUCCUCCAUCUUCUAACCUUAGCAAUGACGUGGACGAUUUUUUAGAUUUGCUGGAUACGUGGAAGGGUGAGGUAGAUUUCGUACGGAAAUGCGAGUUAAGGGCAUUCUGGAGAGAUCAGUGUCAAGGCUUUCCGGAAGAGGUACUUAGUUGUAUUCACUGUUUCACCCCUAGGAUAAGGGUUCUCCUAGUAGUUAUAUGGGUAGAUUAAAAUCAUGCUGCAAGGCUAAAGUGAAGACUCGUGUGAACGCCUCACACUAGGUAGUGACACAACUUACACGAAAAAGAUCCAUCUACAGUUUCUCUUUCAUACUAGACACAACUACAAACUUCAACUUCAACUCCCCCAACAAUAAACGCCAAAAUCACUACAGUUACGCGUCCGCUUUUUCAAGUGUAAUUUUCAACGGCAAGUGAUGUUGCGAGGAUGCUGGAUGAAGGAUGGCGCUAUGAAUGAAGAGCAGGUGGACUAUUUAGUCGGCAUGGAUUUUCCAAGUGUAGAAGAUUUCGCAGAGGCGAAUGAUUUAGAUAGCGGAGCGACGAAUCGAUUGAAACUUAUGGCAGUCAUGAGACUACAACUAAGUACAUGGAAGGUUUAGUUUUAAUACAGUUUUCAUUCUGAAACGCAGAAUGAACACACAUACUACGUACUACCUUAAAAACAACAGUUGUAGACACAAACAAUCAGCAACAUCGGCAUUUUUAAGUCUCAAUGAACCUCCAUUUUUAAUAAUUACUCCGCAGAAGUUUUUCUUCGUGACCGAGUUUUUCUUCGUGACCGUGGUCUAAAAUGUAAGCCCCAGAGGAAAUCCAAAGACAAGUGCUCGACGAGGGUUUGCUCAUCGGCGCUAGAAACACUAGCUCUUGCCUUGUCUCACGCAUAUUGCAUUUAGACGCGGAAUAUAAGAAAAGAAAAGAGCUGACGGAUCAGGAGACCAUGUAUGUCUAGACGUUUGUAGUAUUCUGGGAGGAGUUCCUAGUAGGAGUGUUUUACUGUAGAAAAUUCAGACUAGACUAGAACUUCAUUUGUUCAGACUUGUGCAGACUCGUGGAAUAGAUUUAGAAGUAAAUGUUUGUUCCUGAGCACUAGGUUGAUGUUUGUACACGAACACUCUGCAAAUUAAUUUUAAUUACUUACAUCAAACAGAAUGUUUCUGAAAAAAAUCUCCACACAGGUACCAAAACACGUACUAUUCGGAUCAAAAUCGAAAGCGAUCUACGUCUACAGAACAGGCGUGGGAUCCGAGUCAGGUCCAAAGAUUUUUGGACGACAACUGUAUAGACAAUAUUGCGCGUGAGAUCUUCUGGGAGCACUUGACGGACACGCAGAGAGCCGAAGCAGUGCAGGUAGGGGAGGUUGAUAGGAACGGCACAAAUCCUAGCGCGGUGCUCAUGGGGAGAUUGGGUACAAGAACUAGUCUAUUUUGUUAGAGAAAAGUUCUAGUAGUAGUAAUAUCUUCUUGCGAAAAAUGUUCUUCUACUUCUACUUGUACUAGACUGAGAUAAUUAUUAUAUUAAGGAACAUGAAGUAGAUGAACAUCAACAACCUUCGCUGCUAGUUGUACCUCUCUUAAGUACGUAAUCCAACACAAACUCUCCAUCAUCCUGAGACUAUUAAGGAACAUGAACAACCUCUGCACUCUUCCAGGUAAAGUAACCGGCCGUGGGCGUGAUAUAGUGGACGAGUACUGGAAUAGGAAAAAUGGCACCGCGAACGUGAAUCCUACAAUAGCAGCAAUGACCAACGCUAAAGAACGGCAUAUAGAGGAAGACUUGCUGCAACAGAUCGAUGAGUUUUGCAAAGUGAACAAACUGAAUGACAGCGUCAGGCGAAAACUCAUAGAUUCUCCUGAUGGUACUGUAGUUCCACUAGUUUUGUUUAUUCUCAAUCACUCUUUUGUCCCCUUGCAGUCUUCUAACUUUCAGUACAACAAUCCCUCUGAUUUAUAGAUACUUGUUCCAUUUAUAAUAUAUAAUAUCGUAUUCUUCCUCGAUCAUGUUGUCAACAAAGGUACAAUCGAAGCGAUCACUGCAGAUGGUUUGCAUAAUGCAGAUACCAAUUGCACGGGCUCUGAACUGAUACUGCGCAGGAUCGAUGAGCUUGGUAGACGGCUACCGCAUUUAGCAGACGUCCGCGUCUUCCUGAGGGAUAAUUCUUAAGGCACUCUUCCUUUUUUGAAGAGAUAGAAAGAUCUUGGUCUUCUUCGGUUCAAAACAGUGCUCUUACUUGGUCACCAGUAUCAAUCUCGGGUAAUAUACUUAAUUCUCGUCUGUUACAACUACUCUCUAAUCUUGCGUUGAUGAUCGUGCCGCAGAGAUGUUCCUUGGGUGUCUUGACUGGCAGCAGCGCGAAAUCAUACUCAAUGCGCGCACAACCGACCUCACCCGUAUGCGCAACCCUAGUAGCUGGGUAGUAACUGCGAUCGUUCAGGUCCGCAAACGCCCACGACCAGAGCACAGAGGCCGAAACUUCAACAACCUCUUUUAUGGUCAACAUUUAGUGUCCAUCAUUCUCGGCAACAUUUAGUGUCCCCUUUUCCCUUGUAUUCUCGUGAAAUACAAGGUAAAAGGGGCCAAGAUGUUGAGGGGGCCGAGAUGCACAUCUAGCAGACUCUAACUCUUGCUCAAAGGCGAUCAAGUCACUAGCUCCUUCUCCAGUGGUGAUAAGAGUUCGAACUCGGGAGGAAACGGCGGAAGCGCAAUUUCGAGCGCGCAAGGCAGUCCGAACCUGACCCCGUCGCCUGCGACCAGCAAAUAACGUCGUCGCCUGCGGACAACAAAUAACGCCAUCACUUGUGAUAACGACGAAGUGAAAGUAGUGCUUACUUAGUGGUCAACAGUUGUGACCCUUUUCAUCCUCGCAAAAAAAUCCGAAUUCCUACAAAACCUCAAACAAUCACGAACAAUUGAACCAUUUUCAGAAUUUCCAACUUUGAAAGUUUUGACUACUAAUUGAUAUGAGAUGAUAUGUUUCACCACCCAAUAUCGAUGACGGCCACCUUCCUCUAUGUUAAUAUACACCCUUGUCGAUAAAUGUGCAGAGCCACGUUUUGUCUGAUGUCAGUCCCUAGUAAUUAAGAAGAAUUCGUCAUCGGCUGUUAAGCAGUUCAAGAAGGGGAAAAAGGAGAGCGACGAGUUUUUGAAGGACAGCGACGAGUUUUUCAAGGAUUUUCUGGCACAGCUGGACUAGUAGAGAAGUUACGAGGAUAAUGGUUGUAUUGGAUUGGGUGUGGUGAUUGGGCGUGGUGACUACUAACUGAUAUGUUUCACCACCUAAUAUCGAUGACGGCAGCUCUGAUCCCCAAUUCGUUUUUACCAUGCUUCGUACGCAGUCAUACCACCUAUAUGUUGUUGAUAUACACCCUUGUCGAUAUGAUAUUCGUGUCCCCAAUGAAGGACCCCUUGUUUGGCAGACUUUUUAGGCGCUUAGAUAAGUACUUAGAAAUUACUUGUUCGUGGAUAGUCCAUUCAAAAUCACUGUCUCUAAUACACCUUAGAUAAUUUUAUUGCAGAAAUAGGAGACCACAACCAGGGUGGAGGUAGUAUUAAGUUGCAAAUGUGCAAGCAGAACUGCUCGUGUCUUCCAGUUCUUGUCUACACUUCUCAUGUGUCUCAAUGACUAAUCCAUAGAUACCGAAUAAAUCCGCACUCAAGAAAGGCCUGAUACGUCCGUCACCAAGUUAAGAUUUACCAACUGAAGUGAUACAUUCGUCGAACAAAGAUAUCACGGGAUAAGGAAGAGGAGGAAUGACGCAAAUUUGCAUCCAUCGUUUUUUUCGCCGA